ACUAAGUAACGGGAAACUGCUGAUCACUGUAUGAACGCGCGCUGGAACCUUUUAAUUUAAUUGCUAAAUGGAUUAAUGAACCGUAAUUCUUAUUUUUGCCUUGCUGUCUCGUUCAAAGUCAGAGAAGAUGGACUGAACCCAAGUACUUGAUUGAUCUGUGUUUUAUUUGGCAGUGCUUUGUAAUGAUCUUCUCAUGUUUCUCAAGGAUGUUCACCAAGAGUCACACCAUUAAUCUGUAACUUAUUGUGCCUUUUUAAUAUAUUGAACCAGACAGACUAGAAAUAAUAGUUUAAUUAAAUAUUUAACUUGUAGAGCAAAAGGUCAUUUUAUGAGCUUAGCUACGGCCGUCUGUCAAUGUCAGCUCACUGCUGUGUUUCGUGUCCAUCGACAUAAUUUUCAAAGGUUACGAACUAGGCCUGGGCUACAGCAAGUUUCCGUUUUGUUGAACAUGAGAAAAUCUUUUUUCAAACGCGCAAAGGUGUUGCCUUGGAUAAGCAAUGUGACUCUGUACGGAUGCUUGUUCGCCGGUGGAGAUUUCGUCCAUCAGUGCAUCGCGCAGAGAGAUGAAAUGGACUGGAGGCACACGAGAAAUGUGGCCAUUGUGGCUCUGAGUUUUCAUGGGAACUUCAACUACUUCUGGCUGCGAGCCUUAGAACAUCGGUUCCCGGGAAGAUCCGCCAGUAUGAUUUUCCGCAAACUGCUUUUGGACCAAACUUUUGCUUCACCUUUGGCAACCAGUGUCUUCUACACAGGUGUGAGUUUCUUGGAGGGCAAAGAGGACAUAUUUGCAGACUGGCGAGAAAAGUUUUUUAAUACAUACAAGACUGGACUAAUGUACUGGCCAUUCAUGCAGUUUCUAAACUUUGUUCUGAUGCCUCUCUACCUGAGGACAGCAUUCAUGGGCUGUUCAGCAUUCCUGUGGGCCACGUUCUUAUGUUUUUCACGACAGAGUGGAGACGGCACGGCAGCCGUGGCCUUGGCUUGGAUCAUGGCCCCCAAAAAACGGCUUCUACCUCGCAGUACCGACGAGGAGAAAUAGAGACACAGUGGCGCACGUGAACAACAUUGUGCCUUUGCGGAUGGACAGUUCUGUCCCACAGUGGUACUAUAUUGAGGCUGUGUUGUGUUCAUAAAUCUUGUCGCUUUAUUAUCUUAUAGACAGUGAUAUUAAAUUAACUUACAUGUAACGUGUAUACCUACAUUUAUAUUUAUGUUGAAGAAGCCCAUUUUACUUUAUAUAUAUUUAUGUUUUAUGUGAUUCAAUUUAUUUAUUUGUUACUGAAGGGAAAUGCAAAAAGUGGGUUGGAGGGGCCUUGUGACACUUGUACCCCAGGUUAGAAUGCCAUUCAACCCAAAUACCUUAUUAAUUUAUUGAAAAUGUUAAACAAAUGGAUAUACUGUGCAGUGUUUUUUCCAAACUAUAGAGAAAUGAAGACGCAUUCACUCAUAAGGUUUACAUAACAUGCACAUUUACACAUAAGGGAUGCUGUGUAUCUUAUUAAACUUGUAAUAGAUCAAAAAUAUAUUUAUUGUGAUUACACACUGCGUUCCACAGUUUACACAAUGUAUUUUAGAUAAACCUGUGUUUACUUUGUAGGUGAGUUGUACAGUUUCUUGUGGUGCUGUAAGUGUAUGUGAGACGUGAUGUGUUUAACCACGCAGAAUUGCGAAACGCAACAGCUUAAAUGUAGAUUUUAUGAGAUAUUGAAGGUGAUCCUGGGUAACAGAUAAACAGCUUUUCCGGUACUGAUUGUCUGUGUUGGAUUAGGCAGGAUCACACACUCGCUAAUCUUAGAAGGGCAAAAAUGUCUGGUGUGCGCUCACUGCAUGCAAUGACAUUUGACAGCAGUACAGAAAAACCUUUCUGUUAGGU